AUGCCGCGAGCGUCGAAGGCCGGGUCCCAGCAGAAGCCUACUCGGGGGCAGCGCCAGACGAUUCCGAAUGUAUUCUGUGAAUAUCUUGGCUGCGGAAGAGCAUUCAAGUCGACACAGGGCUUGACCCGCCACGUUCGUGCCUCACACGAUAAUCCCACCUCCCUUCGCAAUAACUCCGCUGGUGCUGAUGAACCCCGGGACGCUACCCCGCUGGACGAAGGCUUUGACCAUCCCGAUGGGGGUUGGAACCUCGAUGACGAUUUGGCUCCGCGCUUAGAUUUCGAAGACGUCAGCAACGACAAUAGGCAGCGCUGGAGGCGCAAAAACCAUCCGUUUCUUACAGCUCGUCCGUGCGAUGAGCAUGGUGAUUUCCUUCCUGACGGAGCAGCUCCAGCCCCGCGCCAUAAUAAGCUUGACGACGACUGGGAUCCAUACGACGACAAGGUCCAGUUUCGCCUCGCCGACUUCGCAUUUCGAAAAGCUCAGAUAUCAGGCUCGAACAUCAAUGAACUACUCGAAAUUUGGGCUAUGGAUAAGCUCAAACACGACGACUUGGCCCCGUUCGCAAAUGCCGACCAUCUAUAUGAAGUUAUCGACACCACGAUCCUUGGCGAUGCUCCUUGGAAGUGCCUCACUACUGAACCCCUCUCGACGGACCUCAAUGCGCCUGAAUGGGCACGCCAAUCGUACGAAAUCUGGUACCGAGACCCAGAGGUCGUUGUCAAGAACCUACUCGAUAAUCCGGAUUUCGACGGCCUUUUCGAUUAUCAGGCGUAUAUCGAACUCAAUCCCGAGAACGAGAGACGUUGGUCAGACUUCAUGUCUGCCAAUUACGCUUGGGAGCAAUCGAACAAAAUCUACGAAAACGAUGUCUCAACCGAGGGAGCUAUGCUGUGUCCCCUGUUCUUCGGAGCGGACAAGACGACUGUCUCGGUUUCGACUGGCAACGUUGAGUACCAUCCGGGGUACAUGGCACUGGGCAAUCAACAUAGUACAUUGCGACGGGGCCAUCGUAACAGUGUCAUUCCCUUUGUCUUUCUCGCUAUUCCGAAAAGUGAUCGUAAAUAUGAUAACGACCCCGCCUUUCGCACAUUCAAACGCCAGCUCUAUCAUGCGUCAUGGGCUGCGGUUCUGAGCACGUUGAAGGCAGGCAUGACCACCCCAGUUGUUUGUCGUUGUCCGGAUGGCCACUUCCGUCGUGUUAUUUACGACUUUGGUCCAUUCAUCGCCGACUAUCCUGAGCAAGUUCUUUUGGCGGGCGUUGUCCAGGGCUGGUGUACCAAAUGUACAGCCCCUGCGCAUGAUCUGGAUGGGCCGAUUUCGACAAGCCGGGACCAUAUUAUGACGGAGGAGAUUAUCGACACAUUUGACGGUGAAGCCAAGGUACUCUGGGAAAACUAUGGCAUCAAUACCGAUAUUAUCCCGUUUACUAUGGAUUUCCCUCGUGCCGAUAUCCAUAAAAUGCUAUCGCCAGAUCUUCUUCACCAGUUGAUCAAGGGGACGUUUAAGGACCAUCUCGUCGAGUGGGUGAGCGAAUACCUUUAUCUCGUCCACGAAAAAGCGGAGGCGGAAAGGAUCCUCGAUGAAGUUGACCGUCGGAUUGCAGCGGUUCCAUCAUUCGCUGGUUUGCGUCGUUUCAAACAAGGUCGUCGGUUCAAACAAUGGACUGGGGAUGAUUCAAAGGCCCUAAUGAAGGCAGGUCUAUCUGCCGGCACUUAA